AUGGACGAUUUGGAAAAGAAAGUACAGGAAUGGCUUCGAUUGGACAAGAAUCCUGAGACUCGGACAGAAGUGGAAAGGCUCUGGUCCGAGAAGAAUAUCGAUGAGCUGAACCGAAGGAUGAGUACGCGGAUUGAGUUCGGCACCGCAGGUCUGCGGGGUCGUAUGGAAGCAGGAUGGGCUAGAAUGAACGAUUUGACUGUGAUCCAAGCUUCGCAAGGCCUCGCGGAAUACGUCGCAGGGAACGUUAACGACGCGCCUUCGAGAGGUGUCGUGGUCGGCUAUGACCAUCGUUACCACUCGAAGCGUUGGGCUUCCCUUACGGCCGCGAUCUUUGUCCAACGAGGGUUCAAGGCGUAUCUGUACGAUGGAUUCGUCCAUACCCCUCUGGUACCCUUCGGUGUAAAGUACCUGAAUGCUGCGUGUGGUGUCAUGAUUACUGCCAGCCACAAUCCAAAGCAAGAUAACGGCUACAAGGUGUACUGGGAGAACGCAGUCCAGAUUAUCUCACCUCAUGACGAGGGAAUUGCCAAGUCUAUAGACCAGAACCUCGAGCCACGCGCAGAUUCGUGGUCAACGGAUGUUUUGGCGUCUUCUGCGAAUUGCAUUGAUAAAACCAAAGAGGUUCAAGAUGUUUAUUUCGCUUCGCUGCGAUCUCUUGAACAUUUCGCAUCGCUUUCAAACCCAGCAGGCGUUACGCCAAUCAACACAUCUAUGCAUGGAGUCAGCGAUCCGUUUGUUCGACGGGCAUUUGAGACUCUUGGGUAUGAGCCGUUCAAGCCUGUGAAGGAGCAGCAGGUUCCAGAUCCGGAGUUUCCGACUGUCAAGUUCCCUAAUCCUGAGGAGAAAGGAGCUUUGGAUUUGGCGAUUGCGACUGCUGACCGCGAAUCUUCGUCGUACAUCUUGGCACAGGACCCAGAUUCGGACAGGUUUUCUGCUGCAGAGAAACAAGCAUCAGGAAAGUGGCAUAUCUUCACGGGAGACCAGUUGGGCACACUAUUUGCAAGCUACCUGAUCGAGAAGAGAAAGCGGGCUGGAAGAACCCUUGGGAAGAUCGCCAUGGUUGCUUCGACUGUGAGUUCGAAGAUGCUGGAAUCAAUGGCCGAAAUCGAGGGCUUCAAGUUUGUGGAAUGCUUGACUGGCUUCAAAUACAUUGGAAAUACGGCGCUCGAUCUCGUUAGGGAGGGGUAUGAAGUGCCGUUUGGAUACGAGGAGGCUAUUGGGUUUAUGUUUGGGUCUGAGAUUCGGGAUAAAGACGGUGUUGCUGCUACUGUCAUAUUUGUUGACCUCAUUGCUUUCGUGCGCGCACAAGGGCUGACGGUGUUUGAAUACCUCGAUACGCUUUACGCGAAGUAUGGCCACUUCAAGAGCAACAAUGGAUACUUUGUAUGCCAGGAGCCUGCCAAGAUUGACGCCAUUUUCAAUCGUAUCCGUAAUUUUACGGACUCGGAGAAGGAUCGUUCAUUCCCUCCAUCAAUUGCCGGUGUCCCCAUUGUCAGCGUCGUAGACUUGACGCUAGGAUAUGAUAGCAGGAAUCCACCGACAUUCAAGCCCUCUUUGCCGCUUUCGUCUGGGCAUAUGUUGCAAUUUAGAGCCGGGAGGCCGGAGGAUAGCGUCAAGAUCAUCUUGACUACAAGGACGAGUGGAACUGAACCAAAGAUCAAGUUCUAUAUGGAGGGAAGUGGAAAGGACUUGGCCGAAGUUGAGAGGGUGUUGAAGAGUGCCGUUGAUGAGUUGAGCGAAGUAUGGAUGGAGGCCGAGAAGAAUGGCUUGCCUGUUGUUAGACCUUGGUAA